AUGACGAUCCACCAGCAGUUUCGGGCCGACUCUGCCCUCCCGCAGGGCUCAUUGAUCCUCGUCACAGGAGCGUCUGGAUUUCUUGCAAGCCAUAUCAUCACUGAAGCUCUACACUUGGGAUUUUGUGUACGUGGAGUUGUUCGCUCGAAGGAUAAGGGAAAGCAGACCGAAGCCUUGUUCAACUCACCGAAGUACUCCUCGGUGGUUGUCCAGGAUAUGGCGGCUGAUAAACCGUUUGACGGCGUCCUCCACGAUGUGGACGGCAUCAUUCAUUGCGCAUCAGUCACAACCUUUUCUCCAGAUGCGGAAUCAGUGAUCCCCCCAACAAUCACGGGGACACUUAAUAUAUUACACGCGGCGAUUCGGCAGUCGAAUGUGGUACGGUUUGUGUACACUUCAUCUGCCACAGCUGUUACCUUCCCGUGCAACAAUCUCAACGGAAUAAUUACAGCAGCAGCCUGGAACCACGAGGCCGUGAAUAUGGCACAACAGGCGGCUGCAGACUCGCCAGACAUGCCCUUCCUUGUCUACUCAGCGAGCAAGAUGCAGGCCGAGCAGGCCGUUUGGCGGUUCACACGAGAAGAAAAGCCUCAUUUCACGGUCAAUUGUGUCCUGCCCGCGACCAGCUUCGGCCGCAUUUUAGGGCCUGCUGGGGAGUCAGGCAAAUAUAUCCCCGAUCUGGUGCUGCGACGGGCUGUGUCAACACACCUUCCUCCGCAAUACAUAGUUGACGUCAAAGACUCGGCGCGCAUUCAUCUGGCUGCUCUGCUGGACGUGACCGUUGCAAAUGAGCGAGUAUUGGCGUUUGGGCAUUCUAUCAACUGGAAUGACAUUAUCGAUAGCAUCCAGCAGUCGCGACCGGAGCUUCAACUGCCCACCCGUAUUCCAGGCUUAGGCCGAGAUUUGAGGGAGGUCGAAAACUCCCUAGCGGUGAACUUGUUGAAGAAAUGGUGGGACAAGGAUGCGUUCACUGAGCUGGAUGAGACUGUACGUGAGAACUUAGUAGGAGUUAAUGGAUGA